AGCACAAAUUCAUUCACUACUUGAAACUGGAUGAGCUCAAUACGAGGAGAAUAAGUUGUCCUUCUCACUUUGGAAAUGGAGACACUGAAAUCUUGAGGGUGUUUGUAGUCAGAGACUUUUUCCUCGGUCCCGAUGCUGGCUCUGUCCAGGUGUCCGGCAGCUUUGAGGUCCCUGCGCUGCUCUGCUCUCUCUCUGGGGGCCACGACCAUGAGCAGCCAGCCCUCCACCACAGCCAGACCCCCGUCUCUAAGAACCCAGACAGCUCUGUUUCACCAAAGUGAAGCCAAAGCCAGUCCUGACACAAACAAGCCCUCUUCAGUGUCCUCUGUUUUCGGGCUGGAGGGGGAUCUGUUCGGGAUGGGAAUGUGGUCUUUGGGUCUGGGGGCUGUCGGAGCUGCGCUCGCUGGAAUCUUCCUGGCCAACACUGAUAUGUGUCUGCCUAAAGUUUCACAGGCAUCGAUGGAGCACCUUGAAGAGGCUGACCUGCGCUCCACCAUAGAUGAUGAUAAUGUCAUCAAAGCAAAGAGCCUGUGGGACAAGAACGGGGCUGUGGUCAUGGCCGUCCGACGUCCUGGAUGAUUUUUGUGCAGAGAGGAGGCCUCUGAGCUGUCCUCUCUGAAGUCCCAGCUGGAAGAGCUCGGAGUCCCUCUGGUCGCUGUCGUGAAGGAGAACAUCGGCACAGAGAUCCAGGACUUCAGACCGCACUUCGCUGGGGAAAUCUACAUAGAUGAAAAGCAACACUUCUACGGCCCGCUGCAGAGGAAGAUGGGGGGUCUGGGCUUCAUUCGCCUCGGGGUGUGGCAGAACUUCAUCCGGGCAUGGAGGUCUGGUUACCAGGGCAACAUGCACGGAGAGGGCUUCAUCCUGGGGGGAGUGUUUGUGCUCGGAGCAGGAGAUCAGGGGAUUCUCCUGGAACACCGGGAGAAGGAGUUUGGCAACAAAGUGGACACUGCAGAUGUUCUGGAGGCUGUUAAGAAAAUUGUGCCAGUUAAAUAAGUUAUUUUUUAAACAUUAAACAUAGGUGUUUUUAGAUCAAAACUAGAAAUAAGAAUUCGUCCAUCACUGAAAUAACGACAUUUAAGUUUGUGGUGUAUAAAGUCACAAUAUAUUUCGUCAUUUGCACAUUAAUUUACUGUUUACUGUUGGUUACGAAAGCAAAGCUGUGAAAUUCAGGACAAUAUUAUCACUUAUAAUUCUUGUUCAUCUCUGUGGACACCUAGAAGAAAGUGCGACGGGUAUUAAAAACAGGUAGUAAGGGACUUAAAGGCAGCAUUUUCAUUCAGGUACAUCAGCCACUUAAAGACACUUGAAAUCUUCCUUUUAGAGGACCACAUGAAUCAAACUAAGGCUGGGUUGCACAUUUGAUUAGUUAUUUUAUUAGUUGCCUGUUAGCGGUACAUAUCUAACAAUGUUCCUGUCACUUUCUCCGUUUGCUUCUCCUGGUCAGGCGCCACAACGGACCUCUAGCAUGGCGGACAGGUGUGUGUGCAGCCUGUGUGUGUGAUAAUGACAACCUGUCUCCAAACUCAACAUAGAGAGGAGCAGGUUUGAUGCUCAAACACACACCGGCUCAGCCACUGGUGCCAUGUUGAGGAGUGUUUGUGCUGCCUGGAGCGUGUGUGUGUGACAGAGAGUGGGAAAUUAAACUCCAGAAAAUGAAAGUAAUAAAUAAAGACCUCAUCACAGUAUUU